GUCAGAGUGGAGAUGCUGAUGCUGCGAUCCGACUGUGCGCAUGCGCACUGCUAUCUCCAGUUUUUCCAUCACUUCUUUUAUGGUAUUGUACCAACACGUUCAACCGCCGAGCUUGUCCAGGGAGGAUUGUCCGAACAUGACAUCCCGUCUUGGCCCCAGAACAGCCAGUACAAAUGGAACUGACUUCAAACACAGAGAGAAGGUGGUCUCACAUUAUCAGAUGAGUGCUUCCCUGAAGUCAGAGGUACGGAAGCUGAACUGGGUCCACCUUCUGAUCUGGUUGCUAGUGGCUGCACAAGUGACUGUGAGCCAUCUCAACCUGGUGUCACAUGACACAGUGUCCAUACCAUACCAGUGGGAGUACCCCUACCUGCUCAGUCUCAUCCCGCUCCUCUGUAGCAGCCUGUCACUCCCAAUGAACAACAUCAGCUACCUGGUCAUAUCCCUGAUCAGUGCAGGGCUCUUCUCUGUGGCGCCUCUCAUUUAUGGUGGCAUGGAGAUGUUUCCUGUAGCUCAGCAGCUCUAUCGCCAUGGAAAAGCUUACCGCUUCAUUUUUGGCUGCUCUGCUGUGACUGUUAUGUACCUCAUAAUGGUGGUUGCUGUUCAAGUGCAUGCAUGGCAGAUAUAUUACAUGAAAAAACUUUUAGAUUCAUGGUUUGAUGCCACUCAGGAAAAGAAGAAGAAGUGAUCAUGUAAAAGCAAUUGCUACUGGAAAAUGUAUUUUUUUUUGUUUGAUUUAUAAAUUAUAAGUUUCAUUCGGGUCUAUUUAUUUGGUCAGUAAUGUCACACGACAAAGCAUCUUUAGGAUCCUAGAACAGCAAUAUUUAUUAAAAGCAUCAGGUUAGCUUGCAUCUUGUGCCAGCAGUAACCAAUGAAAACGUUGCGCCUUUAUCAAUAUUAAGCUUUUCGCCUGCUUUUCUCUAAAAAGAAUGAGAGGCAACUCAGGUUACAAUGAUUUCAUUUUGAGGUAGUCAUACUUACACUACAAUAAAGACACAAACUAUAUCUGCCUACAUUUGGCUUCUAAACUCUCACCGUGUUUAUUCAUAAUUGGUGAUUUAAAUUGUCUCAUCUGAUUAUGUUACCAGCAAAUUAUUAUCAUGUCUCAUACAAUAAUUCUCAGUGAAACCUCUGCUCUGUUGUUCAAUGCUUUUUCAUGACACUGCCUCGUUGUAACUUGUAGAAACAAAAUUAAACAGUUUUUUCCUGUUUA